GUCAUGUAGAGGUGGUGUAGAGGUCAUGUAGAGGUCACCUCACUGGGCUGACGCUGCGUUGCUUCCUUCAGGGCCUUCGGUCGGGAGAUGCUGAAGAGGAACAUCGGCACCGUGGUCGUCGGCUUCCCGGCGACGACCAUCAUCGAGUCCAGGGCCCGGUUCUGUGUGUCGGCCGCCCACAGCAGAGAGAUGCUGGACACCGCGCUGGCGGCCACGGACGAAGUCGGCGACCUGCUGCAGCUGAAGUACUCGAGGCGCGCGCAGCCUCUGCCCUCGCUCGGGUGGAUGUCCGAGGAGAGCCUGCUUCAAGACUGACCCCCCCCGGCCCACUUGGUCUCUCCCGGGACUCACCAGAACUAAAGGCGUUGAAACUCCUCCCUCGUCUCUCUGAACGCCACUUCAGUUUGUCCUAAGUCACGGUGACGGCGUCUGUGCCCCGUCGAGCCCGUGUGUGUGUGUGUGUGUGUGUGUGUGUGUGUGUGUGUGUGUGUGUGUGUGUGUGUGUGUGUGUGUGUGUGUGUGUGUGUGUGUGUGUGUGUGUGUGUGUGUGUGUGUGUGUGUGUUAUUUGUGCAAUAACAACAGUUUGAGUUUCUUUUGUAGUUCACCUCGAGUGAAGUAGACCUUUUUCUUUAUUUUUUUCCUCGUGCACUUGAGAAGAGAGAGCCCAGAAGAUGAGAGCGGCUCGGCGGAAAACGACGAACACGUGACUAAAAUUAUAUAUGUAAAUAUUAUUUAUCCCAAAGUCUGAGCGCUGCUAUCGGCAGCACAACGUCCACACGUCAUUUCACAGGAGCAGCACACGCGUGUGCUUCACAUGUCUCUACCGGACGUCUUCUCCUCCUCACUGACUUGAAGGCAGUGGAGAACCCUUCCUGGCGUCCAUGUGUUUCUACCUUUCCUCUUAAAAAUGUGAUGUCUAACAGAGAGAGAAUCCCCCGGGCGAGACAACCGAGUAUUUGUAUCGCUUUAUUUUCUAGAGAUCUUUUCCAGCCUUCUACCUGUUCACACCUGCGCUCACAGCGUGAGACCCGCGUCUUUCACAUAUCCACGAGCCAAUGGGGCGCUCCCGCGAGCGCCGCCCCGUACGCAUGACGGUGCGCCGCGCGCCUGAUGUAUGGGCGCUUUAUUUAUUCUCGGCGCGCUGCUCCUUCUGUCCUGAAGGGCGGCGCCACACGCCGCCAGCGCCAGACCACCGAGCGGCCGCGUCCGGCUCCAUGACGUGGUCUGGCUGUGAGGCGGCGGCGUGCGCCUCGUCUCCUGGAGGCCGUACGGCGGUGUGUGUCUCUGAGUGUGAGGUCACACAUUUCCUCCACGUCCCUGUCCGUGUGUCCGUGUUGUCGUGACGGUCCGGCGGCGGCGUGCAGAUGACUCCUCCGGUUGAUCAUUCCAUGGAUCGGCCCGGUCCUCUCCGGGUUGUUCCCGUGUUGUUUUUCUUUUUACCGGAAAUGACUUUGAAUAACAACUCUUGUGAUUUUCAUUUGCUUUCAAUAAACACGAAGUGAAAGAGGUGGAGCCGCUGGUUCUGUUCUGGGACCGCUCUUCAGAGCGCCCUGCAGUGAAGGCGUGACCACGAGCAGCCGCCGCCCGCGGCGCUUUGAUGUCCUCCACAUGCGGCGCGACCUGCGGUGACCUCCUGCUUAUCCGCCGCUGCCUUGCCCUUGGGUCGCUGCUCCAGGAGUUCGACCGGCUCUGAUGUUUGUUGACUGAUUAAAAAAAUCACUUUGUACCAAG